AUGGGGUCGUUGAUUCCGCCAAUUGUGAAGUUCCUUAGUUCUCGUGGCUCGUUUAUUUACAUAGGACUGCAGUUGGGUGGUAUUGUCACCCUUUUCUUUGGAAUCUCGCUGAUAGUUGGAUGUACGGUGACAAUCUCCCGCAUCGCCCUGCCGCUUCUGGCAACACCGGGAACCCCGUAUUUCUUCUUAUUGUGGAUUACUUGUAGUGUGUUGUCGUUUACCACGCUAUUCAACUACGUGGCAGCUGCGUCGUUUACUAGCCCUUGCGUAGAUGCGGAGGAGACGAUGCGAUUGGCGAUUGAGGGAGAUUUAGUUUCGCCACAAAAACGGUAUCAAUUGUUGGAUGAACCUUCACGUUACUGCAAUUCGUGCCGACGUUACAAGGCUCCACGAGAGCAUCAUUGCAGGGUGUGUAACCGAUGUGUAGCGAAGAUGGACCACCACUGCCCUUGGAUUAAUAAUUGCGUCGAUGCCGAAAAUCACCGUUACUUUUUUCUUCUUAUUGUUUACCUUUUUUUUUCAACAGGGAUUGCUUUUUUUCUGCUUUUAAUGGCGUACGUGCGGCUAUGGUGGCACGGUGAGGCCAAUGGCAGUAUAUAUGGCCCUUGCGGCUACCGUCUUCGUAGUUUUCCCCUUUACUUGACGUUUGCUUUGUGUGGUACAAUAUUUGCGUGCAUGAUUUUUUUUAUUGUAUGGAGUGGGCUUCAUAUCUUGAAAAACGAGACCCAAAUUGAGCGAGUUAUUGUGGGGAACAAGGAGCGCCUGUUACGAAACAGUAUGGUGCCAUUUCGUAACCCGUAUGAUCUUGGUCGUUGGCGCAAUUUACUGACACUUUUAGAGACGAACGAUGAUCCGGUGCUCAAUCAGACCAAAAAGGGCAGCACGAUGAUGAAGGUGGCACUUCUGUUAUGGCUUGCACUUCCAACGCUUCGAUCCUCCACCUGCGACGGUGUCCACUACCCCACAUUUGAUGAUGAGGUGAUGUUGCCGGUGUAG